AUGGAUUCUUUUAUUAGCUUUGUUCGUUCAUUUAGUACAUGUUGUUAUAUGAUGAAAAAUAAUGGUAAAAGUUUUAGGGUUAAUCAAAAAUAUAAAGAUGAAGCAACGAAAAUUUACAAUGGAACAAACUUUUGGGAAUUAUCAGAAAUUUAUGAAAAGAGCGAUGAAAUUAAAAAGAAAAUUAAACUACUGAUCAUCGAGACUAAAAAACAACUUGUUGAUGAACAUGUAGACCAUGCUGGACCCCAAAUAGAGGUAGUAGCAAAUAAGCUUGGUAAUAUUAAGUUCAAUGCAGAUGUUGAGGAAAUUAAAUCGUUGGAAAGGCUUGUAGAGAUUAUGAAAGCUUCAGAUAAUGAAAAGAAACGUGUUAAAGCUGUAGGAAGUUUUGAAGCCUUCAAUCAGAUAACUGAAACCGACGGGUUCCUUCUUUAUACUAAUAAUUAUCAUGGAGUGGUUAAAACUGAUUUAGAUUUUUUAAAAAAUGAAUUUAGGUUAGAUAAUUAUUAUUAUGACGUAAAAUGUGGAACUAGAAUUAAUGAAAUUAUAUCAGAAUUAAGAAAGGAUGAAAGGGCUAUAUUUAAUUUACCUGGAUAUGAUGGUCAAUCAAUCGUUGGGUGUAAUGCAACCUCAACACAUGGAAGUGGAAUUACGCUUCAACCUUUAGCAUCAUUCGUAGUUGCGGUUAAUUUUGUUGUACCAGGUGGACAAAUUUAUAGAAUUGAACCUACAAAUGGAAUCACGGAUCCUAUAAUAUUUUCGAAACAAUAUCCAAAUAUUCAAUUAUUUCAACAAGAUGAAAUGUUUAAUGCAAGCGUAGUAAAUUUAGGAGCAUUAGGUGUUGUGUAUCAAGUAACCAUUGAAACAGUUCCAUAUUAUAAAGUAAUUUCAAUGAGAGAAGAAACAUCCUGGGAAGCUGUUAAACCCAUCCUAUCACAACGACCUUAUAGUGAAAAUGAUAUUUUAAAAUAUCAUAACGCAGAAAUAUGGAUUAGUCCUUAUACGCCUUACACUCUUGUUACAAGAAGAAAUAUUGCAACAAAAGAAGAUGAAGAAAAUUAUCCUAAAGAACAUCAUAAAAAAUGGUUGCAAGAAUUUUUAAAUUAUCCAAUCGUUAAUGAUCUUGCUAAAAAAUUGAGUGUUGAUGGAGGACAAGUUUUAUUUAUUUUAUUAAAGUUAUUUCCAAAAAUUGUUCCUUUAUUAAUUGAAACCGCUUUAAAAUCUCAAUAUAAUGAUAUUCCUGUGGUUGAUGAUUAUAAUAAUAUUUACUUAGUUGGAUUUAUUAAUGACUUUAGUGCGAUUGCCGUAGAAUUUUCAUUUUCAAUGAUAGAUGACAAUCAUAUUAAAGCAAUCGAUGCUUUGAAGGAAACACUUCAAGAAAUUAGAACAAAGUUUAAUUAUAACAUUAAUGGUCCUCUUGCUGUACGAUUUGCUGCUGCUUCUUCUCAAUAUUUAUCUAUGGCUCAUAAUACUAAUGGUGAACCAAGGUGUUUUGUUGAAAUGCCAAUUUUAGCAUAUGAUACAAGAAUCGACUAUUAUACACACGUUUAUAAACCAUUAUUUGGAACAGCAUUAAAAUACAAUGCAAGAUGUCAUUGGGGUCAUCAUUUAGAUUCUGAUUUAGAUUAUAAAUAUCUUUAUAAUUCUUUUGAUAAAAAUGCUAUAGAUUUAUUCCUUAAACAAGUUACUAAAUUUGAUUUUCAAGGUUUAAUGACUAAUAAUUUAUUAAAAAAAGUUGGUAUUAUUCCUACUGUUAAUACAACUACAAGAAAUGUUAAUAAUAGUGGUAAAAAUAAUUUGUUUAGCAAAAUUUUAAAUUUCAAG